CUCAGCACUCUGACGCCGCAGCAUUGUUGCCAGGGACUGGGUGGGUCACACCAUUGGUGUCAGACUUGGCUGCUAUCACAGCAGUUUGGUGGUAGUGAAGCUACGUCUAUAGCGCCGUUUAGCAGUACCAACACAACGUGUUGUGAGAAACCAGACACCUAGAUACCUGUGACAAUGGCAGCUACGGACAGCGAACCUAUUCUGAGUGGGCCCAGGGACGACUGGCCCCGCCUCGACGUGCAUCUGUCGACGCGCUUGGUUCGCAGUCUUGUUGGCAUGGGCGAUCGCAUAGUGCAGGUGUACCCAGAGGCUGGAGGUGGGGCCCAGGAGUUGAGCGCUCACAGGCUGCUGCAGCGCGCGGCCGCGGAGGAGUCGGUGCUGCGAGUCGGCGCCGGCGACAUGGUGGUGGCCUGCUGCAGCUGGAGCCCGCACCUCGCGCCGCUGAUGCUGGCAACAAUCGCGCGCGACGCCAUCUUCGUCCCUCUCAACCCGGACCAGCCCACAGAGGACCUGCGGCGGCUGCUGGUGCGGCUGUCCCCCGCGGCGGUGCUGUGCGAGCAGGCGGCGCUGGGGGCGGUGUCUGCGGCCAGCCCCGUGCAGCCGCAGCCGCUGGGCGCCGCCGCCCCCGUGCCGGCAGCAGACGUGCAGCGCUUCGUGACCCAGCAGCUGUCGCGGCCGCCGCCCAAGGGGGAGGACGCGCGCCGACCCGUCAUCGCGCUGCACAGCUCCGGCACCACGGGCGACCCCAAGACCAUCCUGCACUCCCAGGCCAGCUUUUCUGCAUUGCUCGACGUCAUCAGGAGGAAAGACUCAAACUACCGUGAGGGUGAUGUGUUCGUGAUAAACACGCCAUUCUUCUGGGUGACACAAGUAGUCGCCACGCUGAUGUCGAUGGAUUUCCCUGUCAAAGUGGUGGCGGUAAAAGGCAUGGACCCCGCAGCCUUUCGUGACGCAAUACAAAAGUACCAGGCAACGACCGUGCUGACCCCGCCGCACGUGUGGACGCGGUUGACGAAGAUGGAGGACUCGACCCACGAGCAGUUCCGGACGCUGCGCUUCCCGGUCAGUUCGGGCUCCACGCUGGACUCGAGCAAGGCGGCGCUGCUGCACGAACGGCUGGGCCUGCGCAUGGCUCAGUGGUACGGCACUUCAGAGGUGCUCCCCAUAGCCGGAAUCACCAAGGGCGAGGGGGGAGCGCUGCCGCCCACUGGGUCCGUGGGCCGCAUCAACGCCUACACGCAGGCCAGGGUAGUGGACGUGGAGACGGGCCGAACACUGGGACCUGGCCAGGAAGGCGAGCUGCACUUCCGUGGGCCCACAGCCUGCAACGCGGUGGGCCCGGACCAGUGGUUCAACACCGGGGACAUCGGACACUACGAGCCUGCCGGCUGGAUAUUCGUCGUGGACCGCGUCAAGGAGCUCAUCAAGUUCCAGGGCAUACACGUGUCUCCCUCAGAGAUCGAGUCUGUGCUGGUGUCGCACCCGGCCGUGGCGGACGCCGUGGUGCUGGGGAAGCCGCACCCCACAGACACGGAGCACCCCACCGGCUUCGUCGUCCUGCGGCCCGGCGCCUCGGUCACGCGACAGCAGCUCGUCGACCUGGUGGCUGACAAGUUGUCCAGCUACCCGUACAAGCACCUACGGGGCGGCGUCCACUUUGUGUCGUCCAUCCCUAGGACGGUGGUGGGCAAAGUGAAGAGGGCCAACCUCCUGCAGACUCUCACCGCACAAGCCGAGCAGACGGCGCAGUGACGGCAGCCCUCGUAUCAGCCAGUGAUCUGAGAGCACUCACAAGUAGUUACGGGCGAGUCAGGAGAGUUCCCUAGUAUUCUACUGUCGUAUCAAAGCAUUACUCAUGUUACAAAGUGAUUAACACACCUCUGGUUUCCUUAUUAAUAAAGUCGUAAUUGUCUA